CGGAGAGAAGCGGCGAGCGGGGUGCCGGGAGCGACGCGGGAGGGUCUGGAGGAGGCUGGGAGGCUGGGCUUACGGGUGGGCCCGGCGCACGGGGGCUGAGCCUCCACUCCCAUCCCCCAGCCCUCCCAGCCCUUCCCAACCGUGCCCAAGAUCGGGGCUGGAGCGGGCACGCACCAAAAUCAGGCGCCCUCCCUGGCUGGGUGACCCAGAGCCGCGCAGGCAGGGGGGCCAUCACCCGACUCUAGGUUCCCCUUCGCCUCUUCCGUGGGGACUGGCGAGGGGCAGCAUUGCUGACUCGAGAAGGGGGCUGGGAUCUUGGCGGUCCCGCAGGAUGGGAAGAAUUAAGGGCCCUUCCUGGCGGACCGACCACCCUGGGGACUGGAGCAUACCCUGGCAAGGGGUGAAAGCUAGUUUGCCAAAGAUUAUGCAAGCGCAUGAGGUGCCUAGGGACGUCGGCCCCCAGAGCCCCCGCUCCCCGCCCCGCUGAGCCACCUUCGAUCUUCCAGGACAAGGACUAGCUCCUCUGUAGUGGCCCUGUCCCUGCAUGCCUGGCUUUGUCAGAAAUCAGCCUCGUGAGCCUGGGGGAGGAGUGGGCAGUCCGGAUCCCAGAUGGCACUGUCCCUGAGGCCCCCUGGUGCCCCAGGGCUCCCAUUGCCUGACCCUGCUCAUGUCCAUCCACUCCAGCCAGUGCCUCGACUCAGCCCAGUGGGGCCUGUUUGGUUGGUUGCCAGGGACAGUGGGGACACCAGGUGUGACUGGUGGCUGUGCAUUCCAGAGCUUCCUGGAGAACAGCUCAGAGCUUCUCCAGGCCCAAACCUCACAUUAUAGGAGAGGAAGCUGGGGCUCCUUUCUCCCGCGCUGCCCACAUCUGGAGAUGGGCUCAGCUCUGUUCUCGGGCAUCCGAAGCUCCUGUCCUAGACCCCAAGAUGUUAACCCCAGGCCCAGAACUGGACGGGGGAAGCCUGUUCUCUCCCCCGCAUUCCUCUUCCCAGUGCCUGGGACCCAGCUCCCUGGGCCCAGAAUGCCUUUCCGCCGCCCAUGGCUGUUCCCCCAGGAAGGCACCAGACUGCGCCUCCCACACCUUGCCUCCUGCAGAACAUGGAACCAGAGCCCCAGCUGCUCCCCCCUGGGGCUUCCUCCACCAACUGCCACUGGUCUCUGCCUGGGAGAGGGUCCCAAUGGAGGGCACCAGGCAGCCUCCAUAGACAGAUCUCCCUGGCUGAACCUCGCCAAACCUAUUUUUCAGGCAGGAAAUGGGGAAAUAGCAGAUUUUGCAGGCUCGCUGUCAUCAGCGCUGAAUCAUACAGAGCGGGAAGCGCCCCUUGCCUCCGCAACACCGAAGCUGCUGGAGGCUGCUGGAGGCGGGUGCCCAGCGCCCAGCCGGCCCCUGAGUCCUCACGGCAGGAACGGAAAGUUCUGGAUGUGGGCUGGCUAAUAUUCCUGGUCACCAUGCCCCCCACCCCCAGCAUCACCACCAGCAAGGGCCAGUCUCUUGGCCUUCCUUUCUGUGUGGUCCUGAGAUCUGUCUAGAUUCCCCAGCCCGCCCAGCUGCAAGCCCCGCGGGCUGGGGGAGGGGUCUCAGCUCGGAGUGUGCACUGAGCGAGGUGGGCGGGAAUGGAGCAGGAGGACCCUCCAUGUGCUGGCUGUGUGGCUGCCGGAAGACAGCCCACCCCACCCCGCUGUCUAUCAAAUGGAGGGCAGCGUGGCUCCUACGGCCUGUGGCUCUGGUCCCUCCUUCCAAGGGGCAGCUGUGUCCCCCACCAAGCUGUUGUCUAAGCAGGACCCGUAUCUUUGGCUUUGUGAGAGCCCAGACCGGACACCCAUCUCCUCCGGAAUGAAGGUCUUCCUACCCGUGCUACUGGCUGCCCUGCUGGGUGUGGAGCGAGCCUGCUCCCUGGUGUGCUUCUCGUGCACGAAUCAGAACAGUAACUUCUACUGCCUGAAGCCGACCGUGUGCUCGGACUCGGACAACUACUGUGUCACGGUGUCCGCCUCUGCCGGCCUCGGGAAACUGGUGGACUUCGGCCAUACCCUGAACAAGGGCUGCUCCCCGAUCUGCCCCAGCCCCAGCGUCAACCUCGGCGUGGCGUCCAUCGGCACCCACUGCUGCCAGAGCUUCCUGUGUAACAUCAGCACGGCUGGCCGGGGGCUGCGCGCCAGCGCCGGGCUGCUGGGCCUCGGGCUCUUGCUCAGCCUGCUGUCCGCCCUGCAGCGGCUCGGGCCCUGACUCGUCCGCCCAGCAGCCGGCCCGGACUCCCCCAGCUCAGGAAGGAAGGCCAGGCCCCUCCCAGACCCUCCCAGACCAUACGGAAGCCUCUUCCUCCUACCCCUCGCCCCGCUCGAUCCCAGCCCCCGCUGCCCCGCUGCCCGUGGUGCUCAGGGUCUGGCCUGCCCCUGGCGCCUCCCCCUACCCGGAGAGGAGCCCGCAGCGCUCAACUCCCCAGGCGGCCAAGCGACCUUCCUCAGGGAACCUGGGAAGGGCUGAGGGCCGGAGGCCGAGGGUCCCGGAGUCAGGACUGAGACCUGGGGACACACUGGGAGGGGCACGUCUGUUCCCAGCUGGGUUGGGAGCUGUGCUUUGGCCGCUGCUUCCGAGAAGGCCUGUUGUCACCAUCCGAGGACGUUGUUGUCGCAGGGGACGGCCUAGCUCAGCAGCACGGACGGGGCCUGGGUGCACCCUGGGCAUGCGUGCGAGUGUGUGGGCGAGUCAGAGUUGGGGGGGGACGGGGUCAGGAGUCCAACGUAGGCCGCGGAGCACCCCGACCUCAACAACAAAGCUGCUUUUCUCUGGCCUUUCUGCAGCCCACAUUCACUCACUUUAAGGCUGGCCUUUUGGAAGAUGGGGUUUCAGUGCUUCAGGGUUUAGGCCACUGGACCCAGGAAUCCCGCCCCCCCCACUGACCUCCAGCUGCGGCCCCACCCUCUCCCUCCACCCCCACAUUGGAUUCUGCCUGCUGCUUUGGUGCCUCAAAUAAACACAUGUUCUCCACC